CCGACAGCAGUGAGCACCGAGCCGGACCGAGAACUGAACUCUAUCGGAUCCUUUAGGGUCCAGAUUCAGAGUAACAAAGGGAGCGAGUUGCACCGGAGAACCGAGUCAACCGGAGCUACGCGCCUACCCCCCAAAUAUGGGCUUCCUCCCUGCCAUAUAUGGAAAUUUACGUCACGCAGGAGUCUUUAUAAAGCCGGGAAUCCUCAUUGAAGGAUCCUGACAGGACUGAAGUUCAAGGUGUCAACGCGAGCUCUCAGAACACUGACCGGAAACAAAUGUUUAUGUUUACUUUUCUGUGAUGACAUCAUCACAAACUUACUGAAUCCUCCAAACCCGGGACCCGUACCAGGACCCGGACCCGCGGACCCUCCAGCCUUGGAGCACCAGCUGCCUCAGCAGCAGCUUCAGCCCGGCCGGAGUGCCUCUCCACGGGGUGUAGCGGCGAAGCACAACCCGCUCCCGGCGCAGGAUCAGAGCGGUGCUCACGAGCUUCCGAAGCGGCUCAGCUCUCCGGCUUCCUCGUCCUCCUCCUCCUCUUGCAGGGAGAUGGCAGCGACCAAAGCGGAGCUGUUCCUCUCCGCUCUGCAGAUCUCGGACCCCCUGGCCGGUCUCCCGCAGCCCCUCUCCCCGCUGGACGGUUUCUCCAAGCUGGAGGAGCUGCGCAUGCUGCUGCAGAACGCCGCGGCGGGAGGCUCGCUGCUGGCCGCCUCCGCUGCAGAGGGAGCCGGGCUGCUGACCGGGGAUUCCGGGGAGUACGCAGACUCUCUAUCAGACCUGUCCGACCUGCAGUCUCUCCCCCCUCUCACCCCCCGCCUCCCCCAUCUGGCCUACAGCGGGCGCUUCUCCUUCGAGCCUUCGACCUCCUGCGGCGGCCUGUGGACAGAGCCUCUCCUCAGCCUGGUCACAGGAUUGGUCAGCAUGGCAUCUCCUCCUGCUGCAGCCUGCUGCCUCUCUUCAUCUUCAUCAUCAUCGUCACUGUCCCAGCAGAGCUUCAGCUGCGGCAGUGAUGUCACCUCUAUCAUCUCUUCAACACCGACCUACACCACCGCUGCCGGUUCCUCCCACCUCCCUCCUGCUGACUCCCAGACGGCCCUCCCAUCUUUCCAGCCACAGGGCCCCCCUCCCGCCUACCACUCCUCCUCCUCCAGGCUCGGCCUUCCCUCGCCUGUGGUGGUACCAAUGCUCCCGGAUUACCUUCUGCCUCAGGCGCUGCAGGACAGCGAGCUAGCUGUUGACCAGAAACCUGUCCUGAUACAGAAUCCGCCUCCCCUCACGCCGCUCUCCACCAUAAAGGCCUUCUCCUCCCAGAUCCAGACCCAAAGCCACACCCCACAGGACCAGAUCGCUAAGACCAGCAGGAGCAGGAAGUCACCUGCAGGCCGGCAGUGCAAGACUCCGCCACAUGAGCGUCCAUACGCCUGCCCGGCUGACGGCUGUGACCGUCGCUUCUCCCGCUCCGACGAGCUGACCCGACAUGUGCGCGUGCACACUGGUCAGAAACCGUUCCAGUGUCGCAUCUGCAUGCGCAGCUUUAGUCGCAGCGACCAUCUGACCACGCACAUCCGCACUCACACGGGCGAGAAGCCGUUCUCAUGUGGGGAGUGCGGACGCAAGUUUGCUCGCAGCGACGAACGCAAAAGACACGCCAAGAUCCACCAGAGACAACGAGAGCGCAAGACCUGCUCCCCCUCUGCCUCCCUCCCCUACACCUCCCCGUGCUCCUCAUACUCCUCCCCCGCUCAUAGCUCCUCCUCCCCUGCUGACCCGCCCCUCCUCCCCUCAGUCUGAGCUCCUCCCUCACAGCCCCAACACCUGCUGACGGACAGGAAGUCACCUGUGACCUUUGACCCCUGACUAAACUCACUGAACACAAACUUCAGGUCAAAGGUCAACAGAGGUGAGGAGCAGCUCGUGUUGAUUGGCUUGUUUGAGCCUCCUCAGCCUCCGUAGUUCCUCUGACGAUGUGAGAAAGACUCUCAGGACCAAACCUCAUAACCUGCUGAUUCAAGCCGGCCUGGUUUCAUUUAUGAACGAGUGUAAAUAACUUUUGUAAACACAGCGUGUACAAGUAGUAUAACGUUCACUCAUGAAUGUGUACAGUAUUCUACCUACUGCGUAGGUUUCAGAUGUUUGUAUGUUUACAUGCAGCUCAGUGUUUGACUUCCACUGAACGUUUGUUUCUUUAAAGCUUAAAGAAUAAAAAGUCAACAUCCUGA